UGGUAUGGAACCAAAUCCCAAUAAGAAAUAUUAUCAUAUGCCUGUGUGAACAAAACAGUUCUUGAACUAUAGCUUUCAGAAAGCAUAGAUAAUAACAGUUGAUGUUAAUAUGUGGUGAUUUCAGCCUUGGAAUCAUAAGAUUAAAAUGGGAAAAAGCAUACAAAAAAUUUUUAAUAGAAAUAAAAUCUACCUUUUAAAAAAAAGAAGUCUCUGUCCUAUAUAGUGAAACACUAAACAUGUACACUUAUUUUUAAAUAUUUCACCAAAUAUUUAGUAUGAUGAGUUUAAUUUUAUUUGCUUAAUCAAUGUAUGAAUAAUGCAAAGUAACUUUUCAUUUCGACAGGAAAAAACAAGGUGGUGAGUUGAUUCAGAUCAUAUCAAGUACAACCUUAAAAUAAGUGAUUCAUGCCUACAACUGAAAACUCAAAUACAAAGAAAUCUGGGUGGAUGUCAGAAAUUUGUGACUAAAAUCUAUUUUUACCUGAUCUCCAAGGUUAAGACUACAUUUAUGUUAAGGUAUUUUUCAUUCUAUAUUAAAGUGUUUUUGUUUUUUUUUAAAGUAUGGUCAGAUUUUAAGUGUCUAACAUUCUCCAGUAGUUCCCCCUCCCUUGCUUAUUCUUCCUGAUCCCAAUCUUAUUUUUUUCUUUUUCUUUCUAGUAGGGUUCCUCUUGCCGGCUAUCCUGUCAUUACAAUUCUAUACCAUUUAAGGUAGCUCUGCUGGGUUUAUUUAUUCUGAGUCCUACAAUCCAGUUUCUCUUUUAACCUGGCUUCCUAAAUCAAAAUAAUAAACCAGAUUAUCUCCCCCUUCCUUCAUUCCAUCUACUCGUGGUUUACACUGCUUAGGAGGAUAUAAUGCAGUCGGGGCACAACCUUUUCCUCUCAGAAUCUGUAUUUUCGAGCCUUCCUCCUUUCCUGGAUGAACGUGCUGAAGUCAGUACCUUGCGAAGGACUUCAGCCCCCACAGUUCCCUGUGUGCGCAUGCCCUCUCUUCUUACAGUUGUCAAAGUGCUUUUGCCAGAGCGGUCACAUAAUCAACCUGAAAGAAGAAAAUAAAUACUGCACACUUUUAAAUUUUAUCGAUCCUUAAAAACUGGACACUCAAAGGGUGAAUGCUCUGAGUUCCGGUGAAGGGAAAAAGAGACGUGGCGAAAUUGCUGUCUUUUCUGUCUUACAAGCACAUCUCUCACUAACACAGAAAAGGAACCAAGACAUCAGAAAGGGUGAAGACGCUCUCAGUAUUUUUAGAGACCUUGCGCCAGCCUCCUCCCACCCCCAGCCCGACCUGUUCUUAUAAAUGGGAGAUUAUGGAUUUGCAUUGCAAUUGGCUAGUAGCGGUGGCACUGGAUUUUCGCAAGUAAAACACCCGCCCGCUUCAGCGAGGGGCAUUAAUGAUCAUCACAUUGACAAUAACGCGUCUCUCUCUUUUCCCGUUUCAGCUGCGCAAACCAUGCAGGAUGAUUUACUGAUGGACAAAAGCAAAACCCAGCUCCAGCCCCAGCAGCAGCGGCAGCCCCAACCCGAGCCCAGCGCAGCCGAAGCCCCGUCCACGCCCCUCUCUUCAGAGACCCCCAAGCCGGAGGACAGCAGCGCAGUGCCGGCCCUUAGCCCCGCCGCGGCCCCGCCGGCCUCCAACUGCCCGGACAAGAUGCAGAUGGAAUCGCCGCUCCUGCCGGGCUUGAGUUUCCAUCAGCCACCUCAGCAGCCGCCGCCGCCUCAGGAGCCCGCGCCACCGGGCGCUUCGCUGUCACCGUCCUUCGGUAGCACCUGGUCAACGGGCACCACGAACGCGGUGGAGGACAGCUUCUUCCAGGGGAUCACCCCAGUCAACGGGACCAUGCUCUUCCAGAACUUCCCGCACCAUGUCAACCCAGUCUUCGGAGGCACCUUCUCCCCGCAGAUCGGCGUGGCGCAGACCCAGCACCAUCAGCAGCCGCCGGCGCCGCAGCCGGCACAGCCCCCGCCGCCGCCGGCGCAGCAGCCGGCCCAGCCCCCGCAGGCGCAGCCCCAGCAACAGCGCCGGUCGCCCGCCAGCCCCAGCCAGGCACCCUACGCACAGAGGAGCGCUGCCGCGGCCUAUGGCCACCAGCCCAUCAUGACCAGCAAGCCGUCCUCCUCUUCAGCCGCUGCAGCCGCUGCUGCUGCAGCCGCCGCCUCGUCGGCCUCGUCCAGCUGGAACACGCACCAAAGCGUGAACGCCGCCUGGAGCGCACCGUCCAACCCCUGGGGCGGCCUGCAGGCUGGACGGGACCCUCGCCGGGCUGUUGGCGUGGGCGUGGGCGUGGGCGUAGGCGUCGGGGUGCCUUCUCCGCUCAACCCUAUCUCGCCUCUCAAAAAGCCCUUCUCCAGCAAUGUGAUAGCGCCGCCCAAGUUCCCUCGAGCGGCCCCGCUCACCUCCAAGUCCUGGAUGGAGGAUAAUGCUUUCCGGACCGAUAAUGGUAACAAUCUGUUGCCAUUUCAGGACCGGAGUAGGCCCUAUGACACUUUUAACUUGCACUCCUUGGAGAACUCCUUAAUGGAUAUGAUAAGGACUGAUCAUGAGCCUCUGAAAGGUAAACACUACCCUCCCAGUGGCCCACCAAUGAGUUUCGCUGAUAUAAUGUGGAGGAAUCAUUUUGCAGGACGCAUGGGAAUAAAUUUCCAUCAUCCAGGAACAGAUAAUAUUAUGGCACUUAACACCAGGAGCUAUGGGCGGAGACGAGGUCGAUCUUCUCUAUUUCCCUUUGAAGAUGCCUUCCUGGACGACAGCCACAGUGAUCAGGCCUUGUCAUCUGGCUUAAGUUCUCCUACUCGCUGUCAGAAUGGGGAACGAGUGGAGCGCUACUCUAGAAAGGUGUUUGUUGGAGGUCUUCCUCCUGAUAUUGAUGAAGAUGAGAUCACUGCCAGCUUUCGCAGGUUUGGACCUCUUGUGGUAGACUGGCCUCACAAAGCUGAAAGCAAGUCAUAUUUUCCUCCUAAAGGCUAUGCUUUUCUGCUGUUCCAGGAGGAGAGCUCAGUGCAAGCUUUGAUAGACGCCUGCCUAGAAGAAGAUGGGAAACUAUACCUGUGUGUGUCAAGCCCCACCAUCAAGGAUAAGCCGGUGCAAAUUCGACCGUGGAACCUAAGUGACAGUGACUUUGUAAUGGAUGGUUCUCAGCCUUUGGACCCCAGAAAAACUAUCUUUGUUGGGGGAGUUCCACGACCCCUUCGAGCUGUUGAAUUGGCAAUGAUCAUGGACCGUUUGUAUGGUGGUGUCUGCUAUGCUGGCAUUGACACAGACCCAGAGCUGAAGUAUCCCAAAGGUGCUGGCCGUGUGGCAUUCUCCAAUCAGCAGAGUUACAUUGCAGCCAUCAGUGCUCGCUUUGUGCAACUCCAGCAUAAUGACAUUGACAAACGGGUUGAAGUGAAGCCAUAUGUGCUGGAUGAUCAGAUGUGUGACGAAUGCCAGGGCACACGCUGUGGUGGGAAGUUUGCCCCAUUCUUCUGUGCCAACGUCACCUGUCUGCAGUAUUACUGCGAAUACUGCUGGGCAAGCAUACACUCCCGUGCUGGGCGGGAGUUUCACAAACCGCUGGUGAAGGAGGGAGGCGACCGCCCUCGUCACGUCCCGUUCCGCUGGAGCUGAGCCCAGGGCCAACCCAGCCACACGUACUGGAGUAGAUAACAAUGAGGGAAAAGAGAGGGCACUGCCUCAGGGCUUACAGUGAUCUGGAAAUCUGUGCAUUCGUUCUUGAUUUUUAAAGAAGAAAUGGGUCUUUUUAUUAUUAUUAUUUACAGUCAUAUUACUGAACUCAGUGUCCAGUAGAAUGCAGAAUUGCAGAGUGAAUAACGGUACUGAUUUGCACUUUGAUUCACACCUUUGUCUGCUUGGUACCUUAAUUUUUUAUAAUGGAUUUGUCACUCGUGGCAGGAUGGACUGCCAUUCUCAUCAGCGGCCAUCAGGUUGAUGUCUGUGACUCUUUUGUUUGUUGUUGUGUUGUUGUUCUGAUUGUGUUUGAACUGGAGCAUGCACUUAUUUUCAGAAACUUAGAGAGUUGCCCCUAGGACAAGACUUACCAAAGGUAAUACUCGUGAGUAGGUGGCAGAUGUAGCAAAAACUUCACAACAAUUCAGCAAUCAUUAGUUGGGGUCAUUUAGAGUAAGGAUAAGCCUUUCGUUGCUCUCUAUUUUGACUUGUAAGGAUACCUCAUAAGCUGGAUCUUUAUUUUUCUUUUAUGUUUGAUUUUUGUUUUGCUGAGGAUUUUGGUUAGAUCUUUUAGUGUUAUGUAAAUUUAUGCUGCAAUAGCUUUUGCUGCUAUUAAAAUGGUAUUAUUAAUACCACGAUACUCUAUUCAGGCUAAGGUAUCAAUUAAAAAAAAAACCCAACAACACACUUUUGUGAUUUAGGGAUAGAGUCAGCUGCCGAAAGGAGAUGAGAAUAGACUUCAGAAAGCUUCAAUGGAAGGUCACUAUUUCUGACUGCAUGUUUACUUAAUCAGGUUGCUGCAUGCAAUAAAUUUUAUAUCCAAUGUCUAGUAUAAAACCUUCCCACAAUGCACAAAUUAAGAAUCUAUAUAAGCUAUAAAAUACUCAUUUUUUUAAAAAAUUUUUUUCAUUCAAAGAAUUGGUAAUUGACUGGAGGAAGGCAUGCCUCAAUAAAUGGAAUGCUUCUGAAUAGGAAGAGCCCAUAACAGAAUGACCUAUAUUACAACAAUAUAAAACCUAGGUGUAGGAUAUUCUUAAAGCAAAUUUGUGGAUGGUAGAUGAAGUACUUUGCGGUGCUCUGUUAUAUAUUGUGCAAUUUAUUUUAUAUAGUAAAGUGAUUAUGUCUAACUGUGAUCAAAUUUAACUGUUUAAAGCCUCUGUGUCAGACAUUAACGAACUUGACAGUUCAUAAAUGGUAUAUUAAUAACUAACACAUGAGCUCUUAGUUACAAUCUCGUAGUGCUUGCACCAUUUUACAUAGCUUCAGACCUUGUCCAGAAAACCAAAGAGCUCAUCUUAGCUUACAAACACUAAGAAUAUAUACAGUAUAUAGAGAUAAGUUGUCAGAUUGACAAACUAGGCACAUUUUUAAGGAAGUUGUGUAAUGGUGAUGCUAAAGAAAUGUCUGUACAAAAUAAGAUGGCCUGGGCAGAAUUGGUUGUCUGGGUGAGAAAUUUACUACUUAAUUCCCUGGAUUUAUCCUGUAAAGCUUGAAUAGUAUUAAGACCUGCUAGUACUACCAUGGACAUUUUUUUAGCAUUCACUCUUGAGCUGCAGAUAGUAAUAUAUAAACACACACAAUGAUUGUGAGACUAUGUAAAUCUUUUUUUAAUCUUCUUCCUAUAUUUUGGAAUUCUGGGGACAAUCUGACUGGAUAUGACACUGCAGAAUAGAUUUAAGUCGCUAGGUUUCAUGUGCUGUGAUGUCCUUGUACUGUCUUAAAUUAGUGUUGCUCGUUUUUGUUUUUUCUCCCAUGUUUAGUUGCAAUUACUGGCUCUCAAGCUAUAGUUUGUUUUCAAAAAGGAAAAUAGUUUUUUACUAGAUUAAAAAUGCUUAUUAGAAUCCUCCCCUUUUGAGGUUACCUCUGGGCUUUUGGUAAUAAUUGCUUUUUUCCAGCCCAGAUGUGGUUUUGUUUGUUUUUUUUUUUUCUAUGUUUGUGGGUUUUUUUCAUCUGUACAAGACAUUUUGUUAUGCACUACUACUUUUUGUAUUCUAGACAGUUUUCAAAAGUUGGCUGAAGAUUUUUUUCUUUUUAAGGAAAAAGGCAUGCUUUCUGACUGACAUGAUCUUUUGCAAUACCUCAAUUUUGAAAUAUAGGAAAGAAAAUGAUAUUUUCUAAGUAAGUUUAUUCAGAAAAAAUAUAUAUUAAUUUAAUUCUGCAAGAAAAUGAUUUAACAGAUGGGUAACUUUAUUUUUUUCAUGCUUAUUUGUGUUUUUUGAAAAUGAAGACGUUAGAGCUUUAUAACUAUAAUAUUAAAGAUCAUAUCUAACCUACAGAAAUCUACCUAAUUAUGUGAAAGAAGCAAAACUUUUUGAAGAAGCACCCCUCUUUCAUGUACUAAAAUAACACUGAGAUUUUUUUUAAAAGCUGGAAGAUUGUACAGCAUUAAGCUAGAGUGAAGGCAAAAAAAAAAUCAUUGUCAUGAAGAAUAGGUUACAAAAAAUAAACUCCAUUUGGUGCUGAAAGUUGUGAAUAGAUGGUGGAAACUACUUUCCCUUAAUUUGUAUAUUUAUAAUCAAGUGUUGAUUGUGCACGACUGACCAGGAUUGUGAAAGAGUUCUUCUGUUUGUAUUUUUUUAAAGAGAACUUUUUUAGUUUAUUAAAUUAUAACAUGUUCCCUUUUGUUUUGUAAAUAAAUGUGCCCCCAAGUUGUUAAUGUUAUAUUAAAACAGAGGGUCCUUCAAAAGAAAUUAUUUUUUAAAACACAGAGGUGUUCUGACCUGCAACUUGACUGGGAAGCCCCUGGGUAACACAGGUCCUGUUGUGGCCUUUCCUUGAUGUGACACUUGAACUAGUCGAUUUUUUGAAGGCUAUAACCUAACCUCGACUAUUUGUUGUUAUGUGCAAUACUGUUUGUACUGUUUGUAUAAAAAAUAGAAAAAAAAAGAAAAGAAAAAAGGCAUAAAUCUUUAUUGCAGAUUUAUUUUCAUUGCAAACUUUAGACAUUGUGAUUCACUGAAAUCAUUUUUCUACUGUCAAAUAUGUACCUUUUCUUCAUGCUGGUAUUUUUUCAAUAGUAAUGUAGCCUUUGUACUGAGACAAAUUUUCAUUGUUAUUUUUAGAAAGAUUUUUUGCUAAGAAAAAAAUUAAACAUAUUUACAUAUUUUUCAUUUUAUUUCGUAUUUUCUUUAAGGAGUGCUUUCUCAAUCAUUAAUAGAGUUGUUUCUGGGAGGGACUUUCAUAUCUGGUCAAUGUCAUAAUAUUAUUUUGUAUUUUUAUUGGAAUAAAUUAAUUUUAUGAUGCUAAUUCUUUAAAAGUUUAUUUUUUUCAUUUCAGUUAUUUUUGAAGCUAAAACCUUUGUAAUAUUGUUACUAAAGUGUCUAGUUUUUUGAAAUGCAAAGCUUUAUGUAUUAACUUGCUGAUGUGGUUUACAAUAGUGUGAGGACGAUGAAAAUGGUUGGUUAUGUAAAAUGAUUGGAAAUGUAACGGAUAAUUGGGUAAUAAAAUGACAGAAUGAGCAGAAGAUGUGAGAUUUUGACAAGCCUUUUCCUUUAUUACAGUGGUUUAGCGUAAGACUAGGGAUGUCACAGUACACUUCUCUAGGGAUGUCACAGUGGAUUUAUACAACACCAGGUGCAGCCAAAUCUGUGGCCCUGAUAAUGAAGUCACCCUACUGAAAUACCCCCGGGUUUAAAACCUGGACAGGUCAACAGAAUGUUCCAUUGCUUUCCCCCUCUAACUCUUCAUUCUGUCCUGUGUUGUGUCUGUGUGUGAGACUCUGCCAUCAACUGCUGUCCGUGUGUGAGACGAUGCCUUUCUCCCAGGCUGAAUCUUCAACGUGCAUUUACAGUGGUGACGUCUCUGAGCCGAGGGAAGACGCUAAGAGGACACCACCUCCGGGGUGGUGGAGACUUGGACUGUGCUGUCUCACCUGCGUUCCCUCCCUGCAAGACUCGCGGGGCAGCACUGAGACGGCGCGCGGGGACGUGACCACUGUACGUGCGGCUGCGUCCUCCACACCUGCCUGCUCCCUGGCACGGUGCCCCUCGUUUGCCUUUUAUUGUGGCGACCCCGUGCAUGAUCUUCCUGCCCUCCUGCUUUUCCCUCACACCCUCCUCACCUGGAAGCUGUGCUGUUAAGGCAGCGUGUCAUUGCAAUGGCACCUAAAAUCAAAACAAAAUCAUACAACUGCAAAACUGGUGUUGCGUAAACAGAACAGCCAAUGACUUGCUCUAGAUAGAGGAUGUGUUUCGACUAGCCGUUGAUGGCCUCUUCCAGUUCUGUUGCCGCGGGGCGAGGUUCAUCAAUAACUCGGAGAAACGCGUGUCCAGAGUCGCCUCUUGGGUACGCUCUGUGUAUUCAGUUUUGUAAAUAAUAUAUAGAUUAGAUCAAGUUGUGAUGUAAAAUUUUAACUUAAAUUGGGUACUACUGGUUGGAAUUUUACAUUAAGUACAAAUAAAUGAUUAGGAACAGAAGAAAAGAAAUUGGAAAAUUCUUGCUUAGUGGUAUAAAGAUUAUGCUUAGAUUUCUGCCUAUAUCUUGUGUUUUAUAGCUUGUUAGUGAGGCAUGGGCUGACGCAGAACAUACUGCAUUUAUGCAAUUAGCAAAGAACUGCUAGUUUUCAUUUUAUCUAGUCUAUUAGCAACAAAAUGGCAUUUAACUGGGUAAAGCUCCUACCUUAAUAUUUGAGUAUUGUGACAUCUCUACUUUGCAAGGUUUGAGUGAAAGAUUAGUCACAGAUUAGUGAAAAAGUAUCUUUUGUUAAAACUGGUUUCUUUGAAUGGAAUGUUGCCUUUUCACUAGUUUGUAGAGUAUGUCAGCUAACAUUUCUUUCUGUUUUUUUUUCCUUUAUAAUAACCAAACUUCUCUAUCUCAGCUGCAAUGGUGUUCCAUCUUACCACAGAGUAUUUUAUAAUUAAUGCUGUUGACUUUACUCUAUACCCCCCAAAUGGGUCAAGAAGUAGACACAUGAUUCCGGGACGUUUCAAUUUGGAUGAUGACAGAGUUAAUUGCAACAAGUAGAAAACUUGGGUGCUAAUAGGGGAUAACUUCUCUUUCCUGGGUAUAGUUCUGUUGGGGUAUAAAGUACUAGGUAUUUGUAUUUUUGCUGUCUAAAUAAUGGAGAUAACUUUUAGAGUGUUCACAGCUAAGAUCUCUGUAUUUGUUUUUCAACUAACAACUAAUUUUAAAUGUAUUGUACCUUUUAUUACCUGUUCUCUUAGAUUGUUUUUUGCUAGUAACCCUUACUCAGCUUCUGCCUUUGGGGCUUGGACUAAUAAUUGCUUGUAUGGAACUACAGUACUGUGACUAAACACGGAGCUCACCGCAGCUACUGCUUACAACUGCUUAAACUUUGUAGUUUGGAUUCAUUUUUUUCUGUAAUAACAACUUAUUAAACCUAGUUGUAUGAAGUA